GGGGAAAAAAGAGUAGAGGAAUCCACAGGCGCUUUCUGUGAAGAGACUGAAGUGGAGUUGCAUGGAGUCCAUCAGACUGGAGAAUGAAGAUCUCUGCAGUGCUAACAGCUCUCCUGACUAAUCUUCUGCUUGGAAAUGUGUGUUCAUCCAUCAACGUCACAGUCACUCCGGCUCCCUUCACGGUGGUGGCGGAAGGUCAAAACAUCACCCUGUCCUGUCAGGUGAGCCAGCGGAAGCGUUCGGCGAGUCUGCCGGUGGUUCGUUGGAUGUUUCAGCCUGAAUCUGGAGGAGAGGAGCUGCUGGUGGCACGAGUGAACAUGAAGAGAGCCAAGUUUUACGGGAACUACACCAAGAGCUUCCGCAAGCCCAAAAUGAAGCUGACCGUGGUGAAACAGGGCAAGAUAUUCAACCUGCUGAUUGUGAACAUCAGCGAGCUGGACAGGGGUGUGUACAGCUGCAGGGUGCAGGAGUUUAACAAGCACCAGGAGCGAUGGAAAGCUUCCACCAACAGCUCGGCCUCCACACAGCUCAGAGUGCAUGUUCUCCCAGCCGGCAGACCAAAGGAGGAUCUGUGGAGCCUGUUUGAAGAUGUGUAUCUGUGUGCUGUGCUGGUGUGCUGUGUCGGACUCUUGUGUAUGUGCAUGUUCACUAUAGCUGUGAGCUGCCAGUAUCUACAGAGGAAGAGACGCUUAAAAGAAAAUUAUCAUUUGGUCAAGAGUCCACAGAACAGUUCAGGAGAGACGGUCACUAGCGUGGUCAGUGUGUCUCCAGCUCUUCCCAAGAAGGUCAGAAAGUACAAGAAAAACAAAACUGUGGAGCAGGCGGAUGUUCCACCAGAGAUACCGGCUAAAGCCCCUAUUGCAGACAAAACGCGCAAGCCGAAGCUUUUAAAACCUCAGCCCAGAAAAGUGGUUUUGCCCAAAAUUGCAGAGGAGAGUCUGACAUACGCUGAGCUCGAGCUGAUCAAGCCACUGCCUGAAGCCAAAGCUGCAAAGACAGGAACCGUGUAUGCUCAGAUACUCUUUGAGGACAAGCCUGUGAAGCAUUGAAACUCCAGAGAAGGACGUUUAUUUAUAUUAACACCAUGUUGAUUCUGUUCGUUGAUGUUUCUGUGUUUUACACGUGCACACUUAAGUGAACUGUACAUAAUGUAUAUGCAAAUUCUCGAUGACUUUAUAACCUGUGAUGCAAACAAGUUUCAUAUUUAGCCAAUUCCUCAGCUAACUAAGCAAAUGAAAGCCAGUAUUAGGAGCCAUGUAUCUGACCUGCAAAAAAGGCGGCAUGGUGGGGCAGUGGUUAGCACUGUGGCCACACAGCAAGAAAGUCGCUGGUUCGAGUCCCAUCUGGUCCACUUGGCAUUUCUGUUUGGAGUUUGCAUGUUCUCCCCAUGUUGGCGUGCGGGGUGCUCCGGUUUCCCUCAGAAUCCAAACACAUGUGCUAUAGGUGAAUUGGGUGAACUAAAUUGGCCGUAGUGCAUGAGUGUGUGAAUAAGUGAGUGUAUGAGUGUGUGAAUAAGUGUGUAUGGGUGUUUCCUAGUACUGUGUUGCAGCUGGAAGGGCAUCCACUGCGUAAAACAUAUGCUGGAAUAGUUGGCAGUUCAUUCCGCUGUGGUGACCCCUGAUAAAUAAGAGACUAAGCUGAAGGAAAAUGACUGAAUGAUCUGAAAAAAAAAAACACCGCUUUUUUCCAUUGAACAAAAUUGUAUUCCACCCAAAACUAAAGCGCAAACAAUUAUCUGAAGGUAAACACCGAUAAAUAUUAGCUAUUUAAUUGUAAUGCAAAUUAAAUAGCUAUGAAUUAGCAAACUAAUAUAUUGGUGGCACUUUAUUUUACAGUCCGAUUCAGCAUGUAUAUAGUAUGUGCUUAUUACAGACAUUAUAAUAUCUGAGUAAUAACAUGCUACAAACUCUGAACUCACUCUUAACGCAUUUAGUUAACGUAUAGUAUUCACUUGUGAAAGUAAUUACUUUUGUAAGUACACAUAAAUGCAUGUACUGUAAAAUAAAGUGCAACCAGUUAACUAAAUUAUUAUAUUGUGGGACUUUUAACAACAAAAAAUAAGUCAACUGAAUGUAAUGCUCUGGGUUUAAUACAAUACAAUACAGCUUCUGUGGCCAGUGGGUGAUUUAAUUUAAUUUUCUUCCAUAUAUUGAUGGUUUUGUUAAUAGAUUUAGUGUUAUUUGAGCUGCAAAUUAGUACAAUAGUCCAUUUAGUUAUUCUCUAUCUCAAUGUGUGGUGUUUCUGAACUCCCUCAAACUUGUCCUGUGUUUUAAAUAAUGUGAAUUUAAAUAAUUAACACCUGAUUAAGUUCUGUUCGUAAUAAAUUGUAGUCGCUGUUUCGCAGAUAUGAAGACUUUUAACUGACGAGGCUUCAGUUGAUGUUGUAAAUAUACUGUGCUUGUUGUCACCAGAGUAUCCCAAGCAAGAGCUGUACAGGCGCCGCCCACUUUCCAAAAGCAGCAGCAGCUAAUUUGCAUUUAAAGGGACACACACAAAAGCUGCUCAUCAUCUAAAAAGAGUCAUUCAGAGUAUGAAAAAUAUAUAGUAGUAUUUUACCUGAAUCUUCAGAGAUAUAUUAGACAACAGUAGCGUCUUACACUGCAUUUGAACAGGACCACUUUAAAGUCUUCAUACAUACUAGCGCUGGGAAAAGAUUAAUCGCGAUUGAUCACAUCCAAUAUAAAAGUUUGGUUUGACAUAAUAGAUGUGUUUGUACAUGAUCUAUGGGGAUUUUUAUGCACAACCAUCUCUAGAGUUUACAGUGAAUGGUCCGAAAAUAUCCAGUGAGCGGCAGUUCUGUGGGCGCAAAUGCCUUGUUGAUGCCAGAGGUCAGAGGAGAAUGGCCAGACUGGUUCCAGCUGAUAGAAAGGCAACAGUAACUCAAAUAAGCACUCGUUACAACGGAGGUCUGUAGAAGAGCAUCUCUGAACACACAACACGUCCAACCUUGAGGCGGAUGGGCUACAGCAGCAGAAGACCACACCGGGUGCCGCUCCAAGAACAGGAAACUGAGGCUCCAUUUCUGCUGCCACAUUCGGAUGGUAGAGUCAGAAUUUGGCAUCAACAACAUGAAAGUAUGGAUCCAUCCUGCCUAGUAUCAACAGUUCAUGCUGGUGGUGGUGGUGUAAUGGUGUGGAGGAUAUUUUCUUGGCACACUUUGGGCCCAUUAGUACCAAUUGAGCAUCGUGUCAACGCCACAGCCUACCUGAGUAUUGUUGCUGACCAUGUCCAUCCCUUUACGACCACAGUGUCUCCAUCUUCUGAUGGCUACUUCCAGCAGGAUAAAUCACCAUGUCAUAAAGCACCAAUCAUCUCAGACUGGCUUCUUGAACAUGACAAUGAGUUCACUGUACUCAAAUGGCGUCCACAGCCACCAGAGCUCAAUCCAAUAGAGCACCUUUGGGAUGUGGUGGAACAGAAGAUUCACAUCAUGGAUGUGCAGCUGACAAAUCUGCAGCAACUGCAUGAUGCUAUCAUGUCAAUAAGGACCAAAAUCUCCAAGGAUUAUUUCUAGUAUCGUGUUGAAUCUAUGCCACGAAGGAUUAAGGCAGUUCUGAAGGCAAAAGGGGGUACAACCCGGUACUAGUAAGGUGUACCUAAUAAAGUGGCCAGUAAGCGUAUAUUUGAUAGCUAAACAAAACAAUUUUGUUACUUAUAGAUUUCACUUUAUAUAUAAUUUGUAUCAUAUAUAUUUUAGAUCUAAAUAUAAAUAAACAUUUUCUCGAAUAUAUGCAUGCUUGUGUGUAUUUAUAUAUACAUACAUAAUACAUAUACACAGUGCAGACAUAUAUAAUAUGUCAAAACAAAGUUUUUUUGGAUGCGAUUGAUUUUUGCAGAGCACUAAUAAUAAAAAAUAUACAUUUUUCUAGCUUUAUUACUUCAUUAUUCACAAAAAAAAAAAAGAUUCCGUAAAAUGAUUGCCUUUUAACUAUAAAUAUAAACAUUCUUACAUCAAGAUGCAUUAAAUUGAAAAGCAAUUGACGAGAUGAAGUGCUGUUUUCUGAAAAAUAUAAGAAAUUAAAAAAAUUAAGUGAUGUUUUAUAAACAAAUUUCGCGAGGAGCACGCGCAGAAGUUUUAGUAUCAAAUACGUCAUUGACAAUUAUUCUAUUAUCCAAUCAGUUCUUGACCAAACCCCUAUAUAUACCAAAAGCUGUCUUACCUGCAGCAUCUCACGACUUUAGCAUCCCUCCACCACCCCGUCACCUCACCUCUUAAGCACUACAAUCCCGGGGGGAGCGUUCUGGGGCCGGGCUAGAUACUUCGCUCGAAUCCUUAUUCCUCUCUGUUUCCUGAUAAGAGGAGUAACUCGAGUUUGGGUGUCUUCCCCGAGCUCAGAGCCCUCUCCCCGGACAGCAUGCCAAAUACGCUUUAUUCUGAAACGAUUGCAAGUGUGAACUCGUGAAGUACAUUUAAAAUGAAAACAAAAAAUGCUUAACUCAAAUAUUUAAGGUCAGGAAAAAACAUUCAAUUCAAACUUGCAUUUUUCUGACCACUCUGUCAAGAUACUGUUUUCAAAUUUACAAGACUUAAUAAUUUUGCUUCUCAUGUUAAUUGUUCUUUAGAAAUUGAUCAAUUGUAACUUUUUUGCAGUGACAGUACUUUACUGUUAGAGUGAUUUUAGUUUGUUUAUUUCCACUAACUAAAGGAAGACUGGCAGAGACUUCUGUAGUAGCAAAAAUAAACAAAUCAGGCCACAGAAGCUCAACUUGUGUUGAACCCGGAAAAUUCCUUUAAAUCUGUCAAACUGCUCAAGUCUGUUUGUUUUCCUUCUCAUUUUGUGCGACUUCUUUUAGUGGAAGAACUUUUUUGGUCUUAAUAAUGGAAAAGCUCAUGAAAAAUCAGGGCGUAUCCAUAUCUGGAACAGACAUACCGGCACCACCGAUUCGGCCCCUUCAAACUCCAAAUAAAUACCCCCAAAUCUCUUCCUCUAAGGGUUUUAGACACUAUCACGUUUUUUAAACUGUGAAAUCUAAAGGUUCCUCGCAAUAAGAGCCUUCGCCACUAACAAGAACCAUCUGUGAAUGACGUAAAGAGUCCCAUAUGCAGAAAACAUACUGUCUAUCUCCUGUGCUGUAAGUGUACUGUAAAUUAAACAUUUGUAUGUGAAAGAA